CCUGCCCCCGACUCAAAUAAUAGGAAACGAAUUUAGGAAGUCCGUGAAAACGCUUGCGAGAGAGAAGAGUGGAUCUUUAAAAUCCACCCAAACUCUGUAAAGACAAAUGCUCGCACUUUCCCAUUUGUGCUGCGUUCACGGUCACUGGUUGUCAACGGGAACAUGGCAGUGUUGCGUUCAUACUCCUUGCUGCUGUGGUUCCUUGUUGUGGUGACUGCUCAUGUGACCCGAGCCGCGGGCAGAUCGAGGCGACAGACGACACUGGCCGAAGAUGAGGAGCCGGUCUCGGAGUGCCGAGACAACACGCUCUCUCUGGGAUCCAGGAAAUCCUUCGCUCCGCGAAUCGCCGCCGGGCCCGAGCCGGGAGACCCCGCGGCCGCGUUCAAAGUCCCAACUCUGGACGGGGAGUUUUCGUACCAGCCCGGAGCUCUGCGGGGAUCUGUGGUCAUCCACGCCUUCACCAACAAGUCCGGCUUCCUGGAGUGUCUGUGGAGCUCGGAGUCGUCCCUGGCCGGCCUGGUGCAGGAGCUGCCGGACAGCGCACGGGUUCUCUUCCUGUCCCUGGACGACUCCGCGGUCAGUGAUGCUCUGUGGAUGAGGGAGCAGCUGCAGCGGGCCGCCAUGCACAGGAAGAAGGAGGUUCUGUCCAGGCUUCACUUCUCUCCGGUGCCGGUCUUCGCUCUGGGUAACUGGAUCCCCAAUGUGCUCUACUACUGGGGCUGCACGGGACACAACUGCGGCCUCUCUCAGGCCGUUUUCACCUCCGAGGGGUGGAACAUGCCAAUAAUUGUCAAGCGACUAGAUGCCAGGUACGACUGGCUCACGGCGCGUUGGGAUCAGAGGACGUACCGGCUGGCAGACGCUGGAAGCGGAUGUGAUCCCUCCCCGUCUGUGGCAGGCGCUGUGGCCUGGGUGUCAGAGGGCAGCUGCUCCUUCUUCACCAAGGUGCAGAACAUGGCCAAAUCCAACGCCUCCGGUGUCCUUGUCCAUGCCCGGCCCGGUAACCCGAUCCAGGACAUGAACUGCGUCGACGAUGAAUGUUAUUCGCCACUGGACAUCCCAGCUGGCAUGGUGCAUCUGGAGCCUUCGGUUGCUCAGGCGCUGCGGUUUGGACAGGACGUCGACGUGAACUUCCAGACAACCCCAUUCCCAAACUUCUUCGUCAGUAUAGACCAACAGGGGACGCUGGCUGAGAUGGGCUGGUUUCUCUACCCCACGUUCAGCUUCAUCAACUGGCAGGCGCAGUGGUUUGAUUUCUAUGCAGAUCUGCAGCUGAAACUUCAAAGUCCUGCCACUGUUGUUUCUGUCUUCGACAAAGUCCAGAUGCAGGGGGACAAAGGCGCAGUGGCUACAGUCGACCUCCCUUUAGGCUCGUCGGACUUUGACACGCUGGAGCUGGAUGCGUCCCUGUCCUGUCCCGGCAGGAGAGACUCGUCCUGCGCUCAGUGGGAUCACACGGUGCAGCUGUUCGUCUGCUGCGACCACCUCAGCCCCCACUGCAACAUGGAGCUGGGCCGAUGGAUCACCGCCUUCCGCAGAGGCACCGGGCACUGGUGCACAGACGUGUCGCCCCUCCUGCCCCUGCUGGACGGCAACAAAUGCACCUUCACCAUGAAGACGGUGCCUUGGGCGAUGCCGUGGAUCGCCUCCCUAAAUCUCAGAUUCAGCGUCAGCAACCAGACAGGUUAUCACCCCUUCAGAGUGAUGUCACUGUACAGCGGCGGGACCUUCGACAAGAACUACAACAAGAGAUACCAGCCAAUCAAAUUCUCCGUCCCAGCCUCAGCCGGAAAGGUGGAGUUGUUCGCCGUCAUCACGGGUCACGGCAGCGACGAGAACGGCUGCGGAGAAUUUUGCGUCACCUCGCACCACUUCUUAAUGAACGCCGUGUUCAACAACACACGCAUAUUCGAUUCUGCAGGAACAGCUCUGGGCUGUGCCAUGCGAGUGAAAGAGGGGGCAGUGCCAAACGAGCACGGCACGUGGCUGUACGGCAGAGGAGGCUGGUGUGACGGACUACAGGUCAACCCCUGGAGGAUAGAUAUCACCAAACAGUUGGACUUGAGUGGAUCUGAAUCCAACACAGUCAUCUACUUCAGCUUGUUCGACGGGCAGGAUCCGCAUCCGUCGCAGAAACCCGGAUACAUAACAAUGUCCUCUUUUCUCGUCUUCUACAAAUGAUGGCACUCUGUGAAACUUGACUUUUAAAAAAAAUGUCCAUGUGCACGAAUGAAUGCGAUACUGAAUUAACAGCGGAGUCAGAGAGAUUAAAGUUCUAUUUUCCUACUGCG